AUGGCCGACAACAACUCGCCAGGUUACAAUACUCUUUUUCUGAACCAGAUUGAAGAACGCACCCGUCGGACAAAUGUGAAUCUGCCACAACCUUCUCUCCCGACCACUGAAAGUCGCAACGCCGUCCCGCUCAACCACCGGGACGAUACCCCUUCCCAAGGCAAGCCAUCUACGAUCGGCAGUGAACAAGGUCUCGAAACAUACGAGCGGAUUGCUGUAGAAGACCAUGUCCGCGAUAUCAUCUCAGAGCUAUGCAAGAUCCCAGCUGCCCGAGAGGAGUUUAUGCUUGGUGAUGCACUAAUUCUCCUGACCGUGGAAUAUAAGCCGCCGCAUAAACUCUCCGUUGAGACUCUCUGGGCAGGAUUGCGACCUAUGGAAUUGUGGGAAGAGAUAUUCAAAUGCAACACAGUGCCUACGGACCCUGUGGAGAAACUCAGAUACAAUGCGGAACGGCUAGUUGACUCAGCUAUAGUCCAGGCAUAUGAUGUUAUGAUUGAAGAAGGUCGUGCGGAUGCUAUUUUAACGAACGGCCUUGCUCGAGUCCUCCAUGUGCCGUACAAUGAUCCGGCUACCUUAUUAUAUCACUUUUGUGAACCUCACACUGAGAUCAACGGAGAGGAUUUGCUGAAUCUGCGGCAACCGAAAACUUCCGUCGCCAGGGUGUUGUGCCAUUGCUUACGAAGUUUUCAUUCUCCCAUCCGUGACCAAGAGUGGCGGAAUUCUGCGCGAUCGCAACUUCAUGUUUGGGAAUCCAGCUUCGACCAUGCUCGCUCUUUGAUUCCCGAGGAAGAGCUACGGAAAACUCCUCCGCACUCCGAAAAUACCUCAAGUCCCGAGCUGACCUCCUCCGACUACCAACCGUCGUCUUCUCCACUCAAGUCGCCCACGGAAUAUGCCCUUAACAUCGUUCGCAGUCACCGGAGUCGUCCGGCUCCGACUCAAACCAAGCGACAGGGCGCAAACGCGGCUUCAGCCAAGUCACCUCUUCUCCGUCUGCCCAACGAGCAGCUCGUCAACGCGAGACUGGCAAUACUCAAGACCACCAGUCUCGCCUCCGUGAUGCGCAAUUUUGCACCCAGCGAUGUAUACUUGGACUGCAGUCCGGCGAUGCUCUUGACGAUCACUGCCCAAAUGUGA